CUCCAUCAGGCAGCACCUAGCUAGCAGCAGCCAAUGACGAAGCCUUCGCAGGUGCUGUUGGCGGCGCUCGCCGCCUGGGCGGUGGUCCUGCUGCUGCUGUGCGCCGCCGCGCCGCGGGGCGCCGACGCGGCGACGGCGUGCGACGCCACGCAGCUGACGCCGUGCGCCGGCGCCAUCAUCAUCGGGAGGUCGCCCAGCGCGGCGUGCUGCAGUAGGCUCAAGGAGCAGCAGCCGUGCCUGUGCACGUACGCGCGCGACCCCAAUCUUCAGCGCUACGUCAACUCGCCCAACGGCAAGAAGGCCAUGGCCGCGUGCAAGGUGCCCGUGCCGUCGUGCUAGUUAACUUCUGUUUGCGCCGCCGCCGCGUACGUGUCGUGUCGUGCCUGUGUCAGUAGCAGCAUGGCCCACUGGACAGGGACAGAGUAUGGCGUCACUUUCUGUUUCCGUACAUACGUACCUGGAUCGUGCCGUACUGCCGUGUAUGCGUGUUCUCUGGUGGUACUCGAUCCGCUGCCUGUUGUGUCUACCGAGCUCUUUGGACAGCUACGCGUGCGUAUGAAUAAAUGAUAUACCAGAUCGUUUGGCUUUAAUUUA